AUGUUCUCCAGCACUGGGACGGUCCUGAGCCAUGACAAUCCUCUUGGCCUUCCACGUUCGGGCACGCCACCAACAUUCCGGAGUCGAAAGGGACUCCCUGAAAAGCGCAAGAUUCGUGAUGUUAAAAAGGUCAUUGCUGUCUCUUCGGCAAAGGGAGGCGUGGGGAAAUCUACAGUUGCUGUCAAUCUUGCACUUUCAUUUGCCCGUCGAGGAAUCCGCACAGGGAUUCUUGACACAGAUAUCUUUGGCCCAUCCAUCCCAACUCUCCUCAAUCUCUCCGGUGAGCCUCGUCUAGAUGAUAAUAACUGCCUUCUCCCCCUCACAAACUAUGGCCUGAAAUCCAUGUCCAUGGGCUACCUCCUGCCCCAAACCCAAUCCGACUCCACCACCGGUGAAGUCCCAAUGGACUCAACGCCUAUCUCCUGGCGCGGCCUCAUGGUGACAAAAGCCAUGCACCAACUCCUCCACUCCGUCUCAUGGGGACCACUAGACGUGCUCGUCCUCGACCUCCCACCUGGAACCGGCGAUGUGCAACUCACAAUCAAUCAGGAAGUGAUAAUUGACGGCUCAGUAAUCGUAACAACACCCCAAGACAUCGCGCUCCGGGAUGCGGUUCGUGGAAUCGGAAUGUUCCAGCGUAUGGAUGUCCCUGUCCUCGGGAUGGUGCGCAACAUGGCCUUUUUCGCAUGCCCUAACUGCGGGCACCAAACUCGUAUUUUCUCGCAUGGCGAGAGCCAUGGUUGUCAGAAUGAGGACCGGGGGGUUGUUGCGGAAGCUAAGCGACUUGGGGUUGAUUUCCUAGGCGAUAUCCCGCUUGAUGCGCGAGUCUGCGAGGACGCGGAUCGAGGGAUGCCGACUGUUGUUGCCGAGGAGUCGGAGGAUCGCAGUGCACGGCGUCAGGCUUUUCUAGAUAUUGCGGAGCAGGUUGCCAAGAAGAUUGGGCUGGAGUGGCGCUGA